AUGACUAAUUAUUCCUCUAUUUUUCAACCUUUCGUUGGUUUAUUCACUCAAUCGCAAGUGCAAUCAAUGCUUUUUGCAUGGCUCCCAACAAAAUUAGGAUCAUACCUGCCCGGAAUAAUGGCUGUCGAUAUGUUUUUGACAAACGUUUUAGCUACAGGAAUCAGCGCUUUGAUCCUUGCAUUAUUCGCGGUAACUUAUUCUAUCCUUAAAGAAGGUUCAUGGAGAACGGGAAAAAUUGUUACAGCUCAGGUUGAAUAUUAUAUCGCAGGAACCUAUGGUUAUCCAUACCCAAAUCCAAUUUACGAAGCUCUGUCUUGGAUGACCUCUCAACAAACAAAAUCGUUAAAUACCGGUUCAUUUAUCAUACAACCUACAAAUUCUAUGUCCUAUAAUUAUAUUGAUGAUUGCGCUCCUCCUGACUUUAACGUUCUUCCAGAUAAAGAUCAACAAAUUACCGUCGAGUUUAAAGGAAAAAGGUUCAAAGUUAAAUUUACUCUUCCCGAACAA